AUGGAUGAGCUUCGUAAUGCAGCACAACCCUGGGGAGCUGUAGACCCUAACAUCCAAGCCCAGUUGGAUCUGUUAACCCGACUGGUAAGGGACUUAAUAGAUAUUGAUAUGGAAAGGCAGAGAGGUUCCCCCUUUUCAGAAUGUAUUAAUCAGCUGCCCAUACCUGUCAAAUUCAAAAUACCAACAUGGAAAAUGUAUAUUGGGUUGGAGGACCCAGUAUCUCAUGUCCAUCACUUUGAACUACAGACUGAUUUACAGGGAGUUAGGGAUGAUGCCAGGUGCAGGUGCUUCCCAGCUGUUGACGCAAUGCCCCUUCCCGCCGAGCCGAAUGACCUGGUGGACAUAAAACAAAAAGAUAAUGAACCUUUGAAGGAGUACAUUCAACAUUUUAUGCAGGAAGCCACCAGGGUGAAAUCCCUAAGUGAUGAUGGUAAGUUGAUAGCCAUCAAUUCGGGAGUCAAGGAGAAAACAAGUGAUGGGAACACCACCAACCCUGCAGAAGGAAGUAAAAAUGGGGGCAAGAAUGACAAAUGCGGUAACGGGGCUGGAAGCAGUGGUAGCCAGAAUGACAGCAAGAAGCCUAAGACCGCCGAGCAGCCAAAACUGCGAGAAUACAUACCCAAAUUUACUACUUACAUUAUCCUAAUGGAGUCCCGAGCAGAUGUUUUCAAUGCCACCCAAGCAGUAUUACCUUACAGGAGACCACCACCAUUAAGGAAAGAUGCUAGUAGACGGGAUAUGACCAAGUUCUGUCGGUUUCACAAUGAUUAUGGUCACGAAACCAAUGAAUAUAACCACUUGAAUAAGGAAAUAGAAUUCCUCAUUAGAAAAAACAAUGCUCAUCUGAAGAGGUAUGUACGACCGGCUGCCGACCAACAUCCUCAACAGCCUCAUCAGCAACAGUCUUAG